GUAGAAAUACCGUCUAGACAGGCAACUAUUGCAUGGUGCAAAAGCGCCACACAGUGGUCAGCUAGCAACAGGCUGGGUCACCAGCAGCACUAUGGCAGCCACCCCAGGAAGUUCGUCCAGGGCUCACGCUCCUGCCACGUGUAUUUGAACCGCCAUGGCCUGAUCCGAAAGUCUGGGCUGAACACGAGCCACCAGGACGCCAAGGACGUCGGCCUCAUUAAGUUGGACUAAAAACUUCUCAAGAAGAUGAGAUGUCACAAGGAGAUUUCUGGACAUAAGUCUCUGCCUAAUUUGGAUAACAGGGCAUGUUAUAUUUACCAAGUCUUUGCCAGGCUAUGUUGUGUGUAAAAUAAAAUGGCCUAAGAGUCAAUUCUGCCUUGAUAAAUGAUAAAUGAAUGCAAAAUAUUUAAACUUCCAUGGUAAGGAGCUGAAUUUGCUUCAGUGUAGCCAAAGAGGAGUAAUCUUGUGCGCCAUGCGGCUUUGUUACUCAUUCUGUUUUUAUAUGAAAAAGGUGAGCUGUUAUUGGAAUACAGUAUUCCUUAAUGGGAGAGUUGUGCAAAGAAAUCCUCCAUGUUUACACCCAAAGUUGUAUAAAACAAAUCUCUUAAUGUUCUCAAGUGCUAAACCUCACUCUCUCAUAAAAAGGAUUAAACUGUUAACACACACAGCACCCCCCAACCCACUUCUACCCCAUUCUCUUGCUCUCUCAUCAUUCAUGAGACAAGGAAACAGCAGCAAGCUUGGUUUCAUGGUCCUUUUCCCUAUAAGUAUGGAGGUUGAAGCAUGUGCACAAGCUCCCCCAAAUUGCAAAUGAAGCCAGGAUUUGAAUUUCCCGCACUUCAUUUGCAUAAUGGUGGCCACAGGUUCUUUCAAAAACGGGUAUUUCGAAAGUGAAACCGCUGUCUAGACGAGGUUCUUUCGAAACCUCCCCCCGUUUCUAAAGAACCUUAAUGCCUGAAAAAAAAAAAAAAAAAGAGGUUUACCGGUUCUUUCG